CCCCAGCGGCGGGCGGGCCAUUCUCAGCUUCUCCUUCGCUUUUGGCACCAAUGUCGGAGGUGUUUGUGCCUGGAAGAAAUGGACUCUGGCAAUGCCCGGAUUUGAUCGUUCAGAGAUCCGACCAGUUGAGUCUGUGAAUGGCGCCAAAACAGGACCCUAAACCUAAAUUUCAAGAAGGUGAAAGAGUCCUGUGCUUUCAUGGGCCACUGCUCUAUGAGGCAAAGUGUGUAAAGAUCAACAUAAAGGAUAAACUGAUUAAAUACUUCAUUCAUUACAGCGGAUGGAACAAAAACUGGGAUGAAUGGGUUCCUGAAAGCAGAGUUCUCAAAUAUGUGGACAGCAACCUUGCAAAACAAAAAGAGCUUCAAAAGGCCAAUCAGGACCAUUAUGUUGAGGGAAAGAUGAGGGGUUUAGCACCAAGCAAGAAGAUUGCUGCUGUGCAGCAGAAAAAUGUUGAUCUGAAAGUGAAAAAGGCAAAGCAGAAGACCCCAGGGCCGGGUGAAGGCACCAGCAGCGGAGAAACGCCGCUGGGACCACGGAAGAAGAGGGCUCGGGUCGAUCCCACUGUGGAGAGUGAGGAGAUGUUCACCAACCGCGUGGAGGUAAAGGUGAAGAUUCCUGAAGAGCUGAAACCCUGGCUGGUGGACGACUGGGACCUCAUUACCCGACAAAAACAGUUAUUUCACCUGCCAGCUAAGAAGAAUAUAGAGACCGUCUUGGAGGAUUAUGCAAACUACAAGAAAUCUAAAGGAAACUCUGACAACAAGGAGUACGCGGUGAACGAAGUGGUGGCGGGGAUUCGGGAGUACUUCAACGUCAUGCUGGGCACCCAGCUGCUCUACAAGUUCGAGAGGCCGCAGUACGCCGAGAUCCUGGCGGAGCACCCGGACAUGCCGAUGUCGCAGGUGUACGGCGCGCCACACCUGCUGCGUCUGUUCGUUCGUAUUGGCGCCAUGCUGGCCUACACGCCGCUGGACGAGAAGAGUCUGGCCUUGCUGCUCAAUUACCUCCAAGAUUUCCUCAAGUACCUGGUGAAGAACUCCUCCACGCUCUUGAGUGCCACCGAUUACGAGGUUGCGCCCCCGGAGUACCACCGCAAGGCCGUCUGAGCGCCCCCCCCCCCCCUUUGCUCCAUUUCAGAGGCCUCGCUCACACCACGUGUAAAAUGACCAUGACUCCACCCCCCCCCUCCCCCCCCCCGUGAGUGCUGGCUUGGAUGACCUUUUGAGUUGAGUCCCCCUCCACUUUUCUCUCUCUUUUUUCCCUUUUAUCCACUCUCACUUUGUUUGAAAAGACACAAGAUUCUUUUUUGUUUUUUAACCUUCCGUUGACUGUUUCAACAAGCAGCUAAUAGGUGUUUUUGUGCCACCCGAUAGAAAUUUGUCGCAUGUAUGUAUUUAUUAGUGUUCGUCCUGCAACACAUGGUGCAAUCGGAUGCUGGACCACCUGGUCGUCACUCAGCAGCUGAUGUUUUUGUAUCUGUAUCUUGUUCAUUUGUAUCAAUUUGUAAAAAAAAAAAAAUGUUUCUACACAAUUUACAUGGUUUACUGUGUUUUUAAUCUAAAAUAUAUUACAUAUAUAAAUUAUUCUUGUUCGCUCAAUUCUUUAAGCAGUAUUUUUGCAAAUAAUAAAGUACGCUUGCGGUUUCAUAUUGCUGAAAAAACAAGUGCCCCACAAAGCAGCAGCAAUCAAGACCAUUCGCAGCACUGUUCUUAAUUUUCAUUUAAUGUUGAAAAUGACAAAGAAAAAUGAUCACAACUACAUUUUUCAGUAUAGUAGAAAAAGUCUUGAUUCAACAUACAGAUGAUUUAAGUCUCCUACAAAGACAUAAUUGGUUUGUUAAUUGUAUUCUGUGUUAUUAAUCAAAAACGGACACUAAGAAAAUGCAUUCAGUGGAGUAAACAGUGCAAUAUUUCCCUCUGAAUUGCAGUGGGAUAGGAUGGAUAUAAAUAGUGAUGCACAUAAGUGAAUACUUGUGAAUGGGGGCUAUUUGUUUAACUGCCAAAUUUGGCGA